UGAUGCAGUAACACAGGAGCAUCAGCAGUCCAAAAGAGCUUCACAGGACAGGCGGGAGUGCGCACUCGCUCACCCACAGAGACAGACCGCGAUUGGAAGCGCGAGGCGGUCGGACCUUGCGUUUCGUUUCGCUGCCGCGCCGUAUCUUUUUUUUUUCACGCGAGUGCCGAGGACCGCAAGGAGGGGAAAAAGUUGAUUUCAGAGACUCUCCAACUAACGGGCAUGGCCGCUCCCAGAUCCCCCUGAACGCCAGUUUAUGGACCGACCCGACCCUUCCCCCUUGUUCUCCCUGCCUCUCUGUCGCCUUCCCCGGGGAGGGACCGCACCGGCGACCGUGAUGAGUGACCAGUGCAGCCGCUACACAAACAAAGGCGGGUUACCAGGGGAAACGGGGCUCUCUACUUCUGGACUGGGUCUCCGGUGGGAAUAGCGUCGGCUCAUCUGCAUCGGUCCUGAAUGAACCGCUGGAACAAAGACAAAUACUGUUGGACGUGUGAGAACCUGACGGCUGAAAAUCACUUCGCAAUCGUGGAGACCCAGCUAGAGAUGUGGAUCCACUUACAGGCUUUCUUCUGAAUAACUCCCGGACAGAUUGAGCCAUGACGGAACGGGAUGGCCGUUGCGAUUUGUCCAUCGCCCCGGGGCAGGUGUAUAUCGAGGUGGAGUACGAUUAUGAGUACAAGGCGAAAGAUAGACUCAUCUCCAUACGGCAGGGUGAAUGCUACAUGUUGGUUCGCAAAACCAAUGAGGACUGGUGGCAGGUUCGUCGGGAGGAAGGCACCAAGGCUUUUUACGUCCCUGCCCAGUACGUCCGAGAGGUCAGACGUGCCCUUAUGCCGCCACCUAAACCUCGCGCAAAGCCCCCUAACGUUCUUGAAAUCGCCCAGUGCCGGUCGUCGAACGAAAAUCUCAACCAACGCGCUCCUACGGAACGGUCCAGCUCCGGCAGGCCACCUCCCUCGACGACGCCUUCCCCAUUGCCAGGUCAACUGACGCCGCCUUUGUUGUUGCGGGACAGCAAUCAGAACUCGGGGAUGAAGAACGUUGUUGCAGAGCUCACUCUGCUUAAUAACAACAACCAUCAUAACUAUCAUCAUGGCAACCCCACGCUUCCACAAGGGCGAGCGGAAUCCCCUCCGCGAGAGCAAGGUUGCCUGGGGAAGCUCCCAGGCGGGUUGUCGGUGGACACGGACGGAAGCGUUUCACCAGGAGAUGGGAUGGACAAAAUGAGAAAUGACUCUGAAUCUGGAGAUGAGCUCAGCAGCAGCUCUACCGAACACAUGCAGGGCAUAUCUCCCACCGGACAGGGUCGAGCCGAGUCCCCCGUUUACACCAACCUCCAGGAGCUAAAGAUCUCUCAGUCGUCUCUCCCACCUGUUCCCUCUUCCUCGCCUCUUCAUAUCCUGGGCGACUGGGAAACGCACAAAGAUACGAGUGGAAGAAACUUCUACUACAACCGCACGACUCAGGAGAGGACCUGGAAACCGCCCCGCUCUCGAGACAACGGGGUCAGUCGAGGGGACACGUCCAACACUGGAGACAUGGAGCAUUUGUCAUCUGAAGAGAAUUGCCCCAGCACACACUCCAGUCAGUCAGACAGUCAGUACGGGUCGCCCCCUAGAGGCUGGUCUGAGGAACUGGAUGAACAUGGCCACACGCUCUAUGUGUCCGAAUACACCAAUGAAAAGUGGAUCAAGCAUGUGGACGAACAAGGGCGGCCGUAUUACUACAGCGCAGACGGAUCCCGCUCAGAGUGGGAGUUACCAAAAUAUAAUCUCUCUCCUCCGAUCUCUGGAGAAGCUCCUAAGAGUCACAGUUUGGAAAGGAAACAGCAAGAGCCCAUUGUGCUGACCAAGUGGAGACACAGCACUUAUGUGCUGGACAUUAGUGACAAGCUGCCAUUCAAAAGCAGAUGGUUCAGCGUGAACCGCCUCCCCAGGGGCUUCGGCCUGUCACUGUACAGAGAAGAGUCUGUAAAUGCCAAACACAACUCUCCUGAAUCAGACUCCUGCCCCUCUUCACCAAAACACCCCUCCACCCCUUCCGAAAAGUGCGGUGUUCUCAAUGUCACCAAGAUUACUGAACAUGGCAAAAAAGUCAGGAAGAAUUGGGCCUCCACCUGGACUGUCCUGCAGGGAUCCUCUUUACUUUUCGCAAAGGGUCAGGGCAGCGGCACCAGCUGGUCGUACUGCCGCAAUGGUUCCUUUCCUGAACUCCUCCUUUCAUUGCUAAGUAACUGGAAGCGUUCGAUUAAGCCCCGGCCUGCAGUGUCCUAUGCUCACUGUAGACGCAGCCGGGCUCCCUCUUUCGGAGGCAACCAAUCCAAACCUGAAUUUACAGUGGACCUGCGAGGCGGUUCGGUGGAGUGGGCAUCCAAAGAAAAAUCCAGCAAGAAACAUGUCAUUGAACUGAAGACACGAGUGGGCACAGAGCUGCUGAUCCAGUCUGAGAUUGACAGCGUUAUCAAUGACUGGUUCAGAGCGCUUUCUGAGACCAUCAACACACAUGCUUGGGAGUCUGAUGAGGCCAUCGAAGAGGACAUGCCUGAAUCUCCAGGAACUGAGAAACACGACAAAGAGAAAGACCCUCGAGACUCGAAGAAAAACAGAGUAGUAAAGAACUCCAGUUUGGAUUCGUCUGAGCAGAAGAAGACCAGAGUCAAACUGAAGAAGUUCCUCACUCGGAGACCAACGUUACAGGCUGUCCGGGACAAGGGCUAUAUAAAAGAUCAGGUGUUCGGCUGCAGUUUGACCGCCCUGUGUCAAAGAGAAGGCACUUCUGUGCCUAAUUUUGUCAAGAUGUGCAUCGAGCAUGUGGAGAAUACAGGCUUGAACGUCGAUGGCUUGUAUAGGGUCAGCGGAAACCUGGCAGUCAUCCAGAAACUGCGCUUUGCGGUCAAUCACGAUGAAAAGGUGAAUCUGGAAGACAAUAAAUGGGAGGAUAUCCAUGUGACUACAGGUGCUCUGAAGAUGUUUUUCCGGGAGCUUCCAGAGCCUCUGUUCACUUACGCCUCCUUUAAUGACUUUGUCGAAGCCAUCAAACACUCAGAUUACAAGCAGCGAGUCCAAUCCAUAAAAGACUUGAUCAAACAGUUGCCAAAACCCAAUCAGGAAACAAUGAAAGUGUUAUUCAAACACCUGAAAAGAGUUAUAGAUCACGGCGAGGUGAACAGGAUGACUACCCAGAGCGUGGCUAUCGUGUUCGGCCCAACCCUGCUGCGGCCGGAGAUCGAGACAGGCAAUAUGGCGGUUCACAUGGUCUAUCAGAACCAGAUUGUAGAACUCAUCCUUCUAGAGUAUGACAACAUUUUUGGCAGGUAGAACAUCUCUAAGUGAGAAUCAAUCCAGACAACACAAUGCCAGAAGUUUAACAUCUCACAUCCAUCGCACAAAAAACGCGCCACUGCUGUGGACCAAGCUUAAUAGAGUACAUAAACAAACGUGAGUGGAUUUACUGUGACAUAUGACUGGAUAUAAGCAAAGAAAAUGAAUACAAGAAGAUUCUUUAUGCACUUAAUAUUUUUUGAAGUUUUGAGGAUAUACACAUUUUUCUUUCUUUUUUUUCCAUUUGGAUUGUCAUUCCUUGGCUUAGAAUAAGCUGGAUGGACUUUUGGACAAUUACAGAUGGUCAUUAGUCUGCAUUAUGCGUUUUUUUUGAGAUAUGGGAACAUUUUCCUAAGUUGGACACUGGAAUGGAGUUUAUCUUAGCCAGUAUUGACGACUGGAAUGAAAACUGACUGAGCGGACACUUCUCACCAGAUUGAGUUGUUUGCAUUGAAAUGUUUAAAAGAAAUACUGAUUCUGGGUUUGAUGUAUUCUGGGCUCUCCCGGGGCUCAGAGUUUUUAUUUUCUUCAUUUUUUUUCCUGUGGAAUAAGCUGAAAGUGCACUGUAUUAGGAGACAGUAUUAUUUGACAAUGACUACUGACCUACGGAUAAUGGGGUCGAUUUAAUUGGACAAUGAUUAAUAUUCAGUAUUAGGACAGGAAUCCUGUUUCAAAUAGUUUUUUUUCCAUAUCCACCCAUGUUUGCCCUCCAUCCACACCUCCCUAAAGUUUACUGGAGAAGUCGUGCGCCUUUUGCUUCAGGACUCAUCACACACUCGUGUCGUCCAGUAGAGGAACUUCCUUUUAAUGACCCUCUCUCUUCAAUGAAAUAUCAGGACUUUCACGUGUUUGAAGUCAAACCUGUGUUGUUUCCUCUGAAUAAAUGGACUGUGUUGUGCUGAAUUGUGUAACAGUAUGAAGAGAACCAGAUGUGAACCCCGGUGUGUUGUGUUUAAAAGCAAGAGCUCUCAAAAACAGUCCGAGAUCUGGUCUCUCGCCCUUGUAUCUCUCUAGGCUUACUGGAAAACGAAAGGUGAGCUGCUUAGAUCGGCAUUUAGGCCUUGCACCGUUUCAGAUCAAUACAGAAUAUUCAUCUCCUGUUUCCUGCUCUGCCCCUGGAUGGAAAGGAGCUUGAUAACAAAUUGACAGGAUGGUACUGGGAAUAGUACUGCAGCUAGUGCUAACUGAAGGUACGCCUUCUCCGUCUCGUUUUUAACUAAAUUCUGAAAACAUAUGUACAGAUUACUACAAGAACUUGAACCUGUUGUACAAAAAAAAAAACCAAUAAUGAAGUGUGGUGGCUUGAAGUUGUGUGUCAGUAACAAGUGAAAAGAUCUCAUUUUGUUGAUGUACGGAUGAAGGAAAUGAGUGUUCGAUGGGACGGGGGAGGGGUGAUGUCAUCACACAUUGUGAACUGCACAUUUUGAAUGUAAUUUUCAGACUAACUGCUGUUAUUGAAAUUGACGUCUAAUCCUAAUUAAAAAGACAAACUCAUGGAUAAUAUUAAAGUGAUAAUGCUUGA